GUCUGAGAGGCUGCUUACUUCACUUGUGUUGUUGAUGAGGCAGAAUGUUGGCCUGGCUCCUGUUAGCGCUCUGUUUGGCCCUGACGCAUUUUGUGGCUCUGACACAGGGACUCUGCACCAAGGAUGCUCCCGAAGGCUACAAAGUGCGGCUCAGCAUUGUCACAGCCCUUGGGCCUGAGGCGUACCAGUGGAACGAGAGCGAGAUGUUCCUUUUCAGGGCCACCCUGGCCUUCGCUAUGAGGAGACACUUCAACGUUGAGACAUACGACAUCGACAACAUACUUGUCUGUGCAGAGACUCCACGUGUGUCCUUCUGGUUUGUUGUGACCAACCCACUGAAUGCAGCACAGCUCAUCUCUGGAGAACAGGUGGAAUUGGCUGUCAGGAAUUCGAGGAAUCGUAUUAAUAGUGCCUUCCUGUUGACCGAUAAAACACUGGAGUUCCUGGGUAUCCCACCUACCCUCGCUGUUCCAGUUGAACCCGCCACACGCCCCUGGCUCAUUGUCUUUGGAGUAGUCAUUGGCCUGGUCACCGCGGGCAUACUCAUCAUUCUCGUAUCGACACUGACAAAAAGGAUACGAAACAAGAAAGAGGUGCUGGAGGAGGAGACGCUGGAGAAUGUGUACGAGACCGAAUUCCCAGAGGCGAAAUCCGGCACCCCCAAUGGAGGAUUCAUAGAGGACGAGCGCAACACGCAGUUGUAGAACAGGAGAACGUCUGCAACAAAAUGCCAACUGUUUAGCUGAAACAACAAGGGACCUGCAAAAACACCGGUUAGACAUUCCUCAGCAACGCUCAUAUCUAACUACAAAUCACAAAACGCGCGUGUGCAUUUUAUGGGUGCGAUCAUGCUCAGUAAAGCCCAGCGCCUCUGAAAUGCAAAUUCACCAAGUGUAAUUUGCAUACUUGGUUUGCAAAUGGUCGAGGGAUUGAUUUUCAGAAUGGACAGCCACUUGUAAGCGAGGUUAAACGCCUGAGAAAAUUGAUUGAUCAUUUGACGAUUAGCAAUAGUUGUUUUUUUCAGUGUGAAAUAAACUUAAUGGUACCGAGAGAACACUGUAAAAUAGUUUAAGACAUAUUUUAUCACUUCUGUAUACAGGUACAUGUUUGUAUAUUUUCUAUAUAUGUUUGUUGGUGUGUUCCUCUAAAUCCUGAAUACAAUCAGUGGAAUAUGCUUUUAUUUACCAUGACCUGCAGAUGUUACUUUUAUUUAAUACUUUUUGUUUUUAUGUCUGUCCAUGAAAAUCAUUUCAUUUGUCUGGAGUGAAUGAUUAUUUUCAUAUAACAUUCAACUUUCACAGACAGAAAAUAAGUAAUAAUCAAUAAUAAUAAGCAAUAAUACAUAUUAAUAUGGCUACGUUUAAUAAUAAACCAUAACAAUACAUGGCAAGAACCAUACUGUAAGUUUCUUUUGUUUAGACACUAAGUAAACUUUUGACAGACUCAAAGAAAGACAUUUGAAGGGUAAUUCCUUGUACAAAAGGGGGCAGCACUGAGCUUUUUUUGAAAUCAGUGUCCCCCCUCAUACUGACAAAUGAAAGAACCAUCAUUGACCCCUUCCAUUUAUGCAAGUGAUAUGCUCAAUUAAGCUAUCAUGGGUCUAAAUAGAGUGAAAACUAAAACAAACCCAACCACAGUACUAUGAAUUCCCCUUAUACUAAUGACAGACCCCUGUUUCAUCGAUAAGCUGCUUAGGGUUCAAAAGCAUACCACGUUUAAAAAAAAUGGGACGAGAGCUGGAAAAAUGUUUUUUGUGCAAAAAAUGGAACUAUGGUAAUUGUUACAGUAUAUGUCUCACCUCGAAAUGUUAACAGUGUGUAAAACUCCAGAGUAAAGCACCUUUUAAGGAAGAAAUUAACCAAUAACAGUAUAAAAGUAGAAAUACAAAUUGAUUUCUGAGACUUAUGACAUUAAAAUAACAAGUGCUCUACAGAUGUUAUAAACUCCUUCUACAAAGUAAAAUGUCCAGUGUUAAUUCAACUCUAACAGAGUACGUACAGAGUGAGUCCAGUUGGGACUGUAUGUUCUCUUUAAGAGUUGAUUUAACACUGGACAUGUUACUGUGUAGAAGUUUUCUCAGAAAGAAAAGAUCAACAACUUGCCUUGCAAUAUCAGUGUACUACUGUAUAUACAAAUCACACAAACCUCACUAAUAAAUAGGAAGGGACUAUAUACUUUCCAUUUUAUUUCUCACUGAAAAAUGCGGAAAAAACUUAUUGUAUAUAAAUUUUAGAUUGUCCAUUCACUAAAUGAAAAAUAAGUUUUGUUUGAGAAUAAAACUGGAGUCUGUAUUGUAUCUGUAUUUUUUUUAAAUAAAGUGGAACUUUCAGCA